UCCUCCACCACCUCGACGAUCCAGUAGUCUUACUCAGCCUCCAACAUACUUGCAAGAUUUUCAUGUGGAACAGGUUCUGCCGUCUCGGCCCACUCAAUCAUCUGACUCUACAAUAGUCCAUUCGUCAGCCCUCUCUCUUGCCAAAGAACCACAGUCCUUUUUUCAGACCAUGACAGACCCCAACUGGUGUACUGCCAUGCGUGCUGAAAUUGAUGCACUCGAAUUCAGCAACACCUGGCACCUUACUCCUCUUCCUCCCGGUAAGAAACCCAUUGGCUGCAAAUGGGUAUACAAGAUCAAAUACAACCUUGAUGGAUCCAUCGAACGGUACAAGUCUCAUCUAGUUGCCAAGGGCUAUAACCAACAAGAAGGCAUUGACUACACCGAGACAUUUGCUCCUGUUGCUAAAAUGACCACCGUUCGUACCAUUUUGGCUCUUGCUUCCGCUCGCAACUGGCACCUCCAUCAACUUGAUGUCAACAAUGUUUUUCUCUAUGGAGACCUUGAUGAAGAAGUCUAUAUGCAGCUUCCCUCGGGAAUUCGGACGAAAGGGGGAGACUAGAGUUUGCAAGCUCGUUAAGUCUCUGUAUGGUCUCAAACGAGCUUCGAGGCAAUGGAAUGCCAAACUUUCCUCCACUCUCAUUGAUGCGGGAUACAAACAAUCCAAGGCUGAUUAUUCACUCUUCGUCCGAUUCCAUACGGGCAAUUUCACUGCCAUUUUAGUCUAUGUGGAUGACAUUAUUGUUGCAGGAAACAAUUUGGAGCAGGUCAAUGAGGUCAAGAAAUUCUUAGGCGAUCAUUUCAAACUCAAAA